UUCCGGCGCCUCCCGCAGAUCCGUCAUGGCUGCCAUGGGGGCGAGCCGCGGUCUUGCUGCGUCUCAGCGGCCGCCGCAGGGCCGCUCCUCACGACAGGACAAGUAUUCGGUGCUUUUGCCCACCUACAACGAACGGGAGAACCUGCCGCUCAUCGUGUGGCUGCUGGUGAAGAGCUUCUCCGAGAGUGCAAUCAACUAUGAAAUUAUAAUCAUAGAUGAUGGAAGCCCAGAUGGGACAAGAGAAGUUGCUGAACAGCUGGAAAAGAUCUAUGGGCCAGACAGAAUUCUCCUAAGACCACGGGAGAAAAAGCUGGGCCUUGGAACUGCCUAUAUUCAUGGAAUAAAACACGCCACGGGGAACUAUGUCAUCAUUAUGGAUGCUGACCUCUCGCACCAUCCCAAAUUUAUUCCUGAAUUUAUCAGGAAACAAAAGGAGGGUAAUUUUGAUAUCGUCUCUGGAACUCGCUACAAAGGGAACGGGGGUGUUUAUGGAUGGGAUUUGAAAAGAAAGAUAAUCAGCCGUGGGGCCAAUUUUAUAACUCAAAUUUUGCUGAGACCAGGAGCGUCGGACUUAACAGGAAGCUUCAGAUUAUACCGAAAAGAAGUUCUACAGAAAUUAAUAGAAAAAUGUGUCUCCAAAGGCUAUGUCUUUCAGAUGGAAAUGAUUGUUCGAGCAAGACAGAUGAAUUACACCAUUGGUGAGGUUCCAAUUUCAUUUGUUGAUCGAGUUUAUGGUGAAUCCAAGUUGGGAGGAAAUGAAAUAGUCUCAUUCCUGAGAGGGUUAUUGACUCUCUUUGCUACUACAUAAAAGAAAUUACUCAAUUA